AGCGCGAGGCAGCGGCGGCGGCGGCGGGAGGCGCCGCGGGACUAAGCAGCGGCCCCCGCCCCCCGAAGCCCGUCCCCGCGCGGAGCUGGGGAGCUCAGGGCGGGGAAGCCGCGGGGCCGCGCCACGUCCCUCGCCCGCCCCAGAGCGGGUUUUGCAGGCGGCUCCAGUGUGGGGGCUUUUGUGUCUGCGACUCGAGAGCAGCGAGAGAGCAGACCUCCUCCUCAGAGGGCGCUGUGAGUGUGCCGCCAGGGCCCGGCCGCCCGCCUCCUGCCUCCCCUGUCAGCGGCUCCUGAGGCGGCGGCGGCGAAGAAGAAGGAGUGGGAGGAGGCGGCGGCGGCGCACUCUCCCUCAGCACAUGCCGGCCCCGGGCGGGGGGCCGCCCCCAGGCCGUGCUCCCGGCCACUGCCGCUGAGCCCCGCCGGUGCCCGCACACCGCCCCGCCGCUUCGAGGCCUCGUUCUCCUCCCAAACUUUGCAAAGUCGGCCCGCGUCCCCACCGCCCUCGGCCGUGCCUCGGCUCCGAGACUCGCCUCGCAGCCGCAGCGGCCCCGCGAGGAGGAGGAGCCGCCGCCGCAGCAUCAAAGAGACCGAAUUCCCGCGGCCUGGGGGGGAGUCAUGCUUUGCGGUCUGUAAUGUCAGCAGAACAGGAGAAGGAUCCCAUUUCGCUGAAGAGAGUUCGAGAUUUGUGUAUCUGUGGAAUCGGGACUUCUGGGAUCCACGGAAUCAGGACUUCUGCAUCUUUAACAAGAUCUCCAGGUGCUCCUUAUGCAUACUAAAGUUUGAGUACUGCUACUAAUGGACGUAAAUUACAAAGGUGGUGAUAGUGGACUGGAUGGGUUAGGAGGACCGGGUGUACAGCUAGGAAGUCCAGAUAAGAAAAAACGCAAGGCAAAUACACAGGGACCUUCUUUUCCUCCAUUGUCUGAGUAUGCUCCACCACCGAAUCCAAACUCUGACCAUCUAGUGGCUGCUAAUCCGUUUGAUGACAACUAUAAUACUAUUUCCUAUAAACCACUCCCGUCGUCAAAUCCAUAUCUUGGCCCUGGUUAUCCUGGCUUUGGAGGUUAUAGCACAUUCAGAAUGCCACCUCACGUUCCGCCAAGAAUGUCUUCCCCUUAUUGUGGUCCUUACUCACUCAGGAACCAGCCACACCCAUUUCCUCAGAAUCCUCUGGGCAUGGGUUUUAAUCGACCUCAUGCUUUUAACUUUGGGCCACAUGAUAAUUCAAGUUUCGGUAAUCCAUCUUAUAAUAAUGCACUAAGUCAGAAUGUCAGCAUGCCUAAUCAACAUUUUAGACAAAAUCCUGCUGAAAAUUUCAAUCAGAUUCCUCCACAGAAUGUUAACCAAGUUUCUAACCCCGAUUUGGCAUCUAAUUUUGUUCCCGGAAACAAUUCAAAUUUUACUUCUCCGUUAGAAUCUAAUCAUUCUUUUAUUCCUCCUCCAAACACUUUUGGGGGUCAAGCAAAAGCACCAGCCCCAAAACAAGACUUUACUCAAGGAGCAACCAAAAACGCUAAUCAAAAUUCAUCUGCUCAUCCACCUCACUUGAAUAUGGAUGACACAGUGAAUCAGAGUAAUAUUGAAUUAAAAAACGUUAAUCGAAACAAUGCAGUAAAUCAAGAGAACAACCGUUCAAGUAGCACUGAAGCAACAAACAAUAACCAUGCAAAUGGGACACAGAAUAAGCCACGACAACCAAGAGGUGCAGCCGAUACCUGCACCACUGAGAAAAGCAAUAAAUCUUCUCUUCACCCAAGCCGUCAUGGCCAUUCAUCUUCUGACCCAGUGUAUCCUUGUGGAAUUUGUACAAAUGAGGUGAACGAUGAUCAGGAUGCUAUCUUAUGUGAGGCCUCUUGUCAGAAAUGGUUUCAUCGGAUCUGUACUGGAAUGACUGAAACAGCCUAUGGCCUCUUAACUGCAGAAGCAUCUGCAGUAUGGGGCUGUGAUACCUGUAUGGCUGACAAAGAUGUCCAGUUAAUGCGUACUAGAGAAACUUUUGGUCCAUCUGCAGUGGGCAGUGAUGCUUAAUCACAGGCAUUCUAAAGUGGGUUUAUUUUCCUGUGCAUUACAGAAGUUCAGUGACACAAGAUUUUAAUGUUUUACAUUAUUUUUUUAAAUGCACACACAAAAAUAUUAUUUACCUGUAAGUUUUUACUAAUAAUUCAUUUCAUUACUAGAGCAAAUUUUGUAUUGUCUUUGCCUGCUAUCUUAAACGAGAAUCAUGUAUAUGGGGGUGCUUUAGAAACAUUUAUAAAUAUAUGUUAGUUGUUAUUUAUCACAAACAAAAGCCUCUUGAAGCUUCAAAGUAGUAUAUAACAAAUGUAGGCAUGUUUUAACUUUUAAAAGUUAAAAUCAUUGAAAAAAUGGAUAUUUAGUGCUGAACUUUGGUUGUACCAUAUUAAAGAUUUAGUUCAAAAAGUUUAUCUAGGAUCCCCUUAACGUCUUUACAACAUAAUACAUGUAACUGUAACAUGGGGGAAAGUAUACAUUUUUAUGGAUUAAAAAAAUUAUAGUAUGACACCAGAUUUUUCCUUCACUAGGGUCUUUGGAAUUAAUGAAUUUCAUAUUUUCAAGUGAGUUUUCAGGAUAUCUGUUUGUACAGAUAUGAGACAGAUCUUAGCAUAUAGUAAAUUCUCAGUAUUUGUUGAUUAACUUGUGGAUGCUACCACAUGAAAUUGCUAAUAUUAGAUCAGUUGAAAAUUGACUGCAAUUAGUAAAAUUGGCAUAACUUAUGUUUCCAGUUGUGCCAUAUAGAAUUAUAGUAUGCUUCUAAUUUUCUUUGAUAUUGAGUUUUGUUAUUGUUUAUUGUUUACCAGAGAAAUAAAUACUAUAGUAUCCACAGAAGAAUUGUGAAUACUUUUUGUAUAAUUUUGAACUGGGACAUAAUGCAAAUGAGGAAGGAAGAAAUAUCAAUUUGGCCUUAGAGGGCUCUGCUAGCAAAAGAACUACUCAGUGUUCGUUUGAGAAAUCUUGUUCUGGGGAUCUGAAUUUCAAAACUGAACUUUAGGGGAGAUCAAAGUCCAUUUGAAGCAAAGAUCAAUUAAGAGCCAAAGUGAAAUCGAACUCAAAAACAACAAAUUGAAGGCUUGUAGCAGACUUAAGGAGUUUCCGCUGUUACUGGGGAAAAGUGUAAAAAUGGACCUGAGUACCCUCUUGAGAAAUGAUCAAGCAUGGAGACGGUUGGAAGUGUGCUCAUUAAGAUUCAAAACAGCGGAAAUCCAUUUUUGGAGCAAAUCAUAACCUGUGGCCAAAAAAGGUGUACUGUUUGACAACUAAUGGCCGUUUACACAAUCACUGGAGGCUGGUAUCCCUAAUGUGUUGCCACCAUUAUCAUUGCAACCAAAAAAGUUCUGAAGGGUGUUUGAUGAUCUGCAAAGGAGAUAAUUAUUAUUAUUUAAACCCAAGUGAAACAAUGAUGGCAGCAGUGUAUUAUCAAGAAAUUUAAAUUAUGCAUGAAAAAUGUGAUUUAAAAAUAAUGUCCUUUGGUUAGCACAAGAAGCUACAGUUUUACAGAUAAGGUCUCAACUUCACAUGUCACAAGCCACUAAAGCAAAGUUAAGUGACUUGGGCUAUGAAAUUUUGUCAUGUCCUUUUUAGUCACUGGACCUUUAAUCCAAUAGACUACUAUCUUUAUCGUUUGGAGCUUUUUCUAAGAAACAACGCAUUCCCCAAUUGAGAUGCAGUAACUAGAAGAUGUGAACAAUUUUUAUGGUCUAACAAAUGAUGAAUUUUAUAAAAGUUAAACCUUUAAUAUUCUGUUGGAAGAAAACUCUGCAUCUGAUGCAUAUUUUGAUUGAAUAAAACUUAUUUUUUUAACUACAGUGUUUUAAUUUUGACCUACAAAAACAGCAAUUUCAUAUGGUACAAGGUAAUAAUGUAAGGUUUUCUCCAUUUACCCUUGACUAGUUAGAGGUGAAUACAAAAUAUUUUCCGUAGUUGUAAAAUAUUUAUCUUUACAAUUUUAGGAAGCAAAAUGAUAUAAACUAUACUUCUAGGUACUCCAUGUGUGAAAACUUUACCAGUUGAAGCAGGUUAAAAUGCAGUAUUUUGGGCUGACAGACAUUUGAUGGUGUUCAGUAGCAUAGUUGAAGAUCCCAUUUUACUUGGAAUUUUUGUUAGACAUACAUCUCUAAAUGUUUAAGGACCUAGUUAUGUUUUUCCUGAAAGUUACUGAGUGCUAAUUCUUAAUAAAUGAUGCACUGCAUGCUGUAUGCCUAGUCAUAGCAUCAGAUCAUGAUUUAUUAUUGCUCUGAAUAGGGCUAGAUAGAUGUUUUGAGUAGAGCUUUCCAAUGUUCUCAGGAGUUAACACUUUACAUGGUAGUACUUGAGUUGUGAUCAUUACUAAAACUGAUUAUGCAGUUUCUUAAACCCUUUAUCUCUUUAAGUUUUAGUAGUUAGCUGUUUUUGUGAAAAUUAAAUAACCUCUCCCAAGCUAGUCUAAAGGUAUUUGUUAUAUAAUGUGAUUCAUUUUCUGUUUCCACAUAGUUGUUUUUAAAAACCUGCAAACAGGUCAGUUUUUAUUCAGGUGUUUAGGUCUUCAAAGCACCUUACUUUAAAUAAGAAUCUGGAAGUAUUCAACAGAAAAACUCAUGGUUCAUUCUGACAGUGAAUCAUACUACACUCAUAGUUGAUAAAAAGUGUUCAUGUGUUUGAGUUCAUUUUCUUACAAGUUCUACAUUUGUGUCUACAUAACGCUAAGUCAAAAGUUAUAUAGAUGCUUUUAGAUGGAAAAAGUGAUGAACUAUAAGAAUAGCCAGAUGAUAAUUUGUCUGAAGGAAGGCUGUUAGACAAACUGAAAUGACUCCUUAGGACAAAUGAUAAACUGCCUUCAACUUUAAAAAUAUGCAGUGAUGGAAAAAAACACAGGUGGAAUUGUACCUUUUUUGGUGUAAUCCUUUUCCUUCACUGAAAGUCCUCAACACACACACACACACACACACACACACACACACACACACACACCAGUUUCUCCUACAUCCUUGAGUUUUGCUGAAGUUCAACCCGGGUAACUAUCAGUAUCACCAAAGCCAGGUUUUUGACAGAAAGGUGAAUUUUGUUUUUUCCUUUUUUUGAGACAGUCUUGCACUGUUGCCCAGGCUGGGCGUCAUCUAGGCUUAGUGCAGCCGCCACCUCCCAGUUCAAGUAAUUCUCCUGCCUCAGCCUCCCGAGUAGCUGGGAUUACAGGAGCCCACCACCACACCCAGCUAAUUUUUGUAUUUUUAGUAAAGACAGAGAUCACCAUGUUGGCCAGGCUGGUCUCAAACUCCUAACCUCAAGUGAUCUGCCUGCCUCAGCCUCCCCAAGUGCUGGGAUUACAGGCGUAAGCCAUCACAUCCAGCCAGACAGAAAAUUUUAAAAAGCAUCAGUUUCUUUCUUAGAACUUGAUUUGCUUAUGCAUUAGACAGUUUCUGGUCCACAGGCUUCUAGGUGUUACCCGACUCACUAAUACUGAAACAGCUUAGCUUGUGAAGAUAAAUUGUUCUUCAGAUAGAGUGCUUAGAAUUAGAUUUGUGAUCAGUGUUUUCCUUUUGUGUGAAAUGCUUUAGAGUACUUCUAGUAUCAUUCUUGUUACUCAGAUUAGAAGAUUAUAUACAUAAAACUGAAGAUUUUCUUGUACUAGUGCUUAUCCUUCAUAAACACAAUGUAAAGAAAUCUAGUUUUUUGGUGGUUUGUUUUAGAGUCCUAAACUAGAGUCUGCCUAGUUGCAGAAAAAAAACCUUAAUAGUAUGGGUCAUCAUGAAAUCUGCCAACCUUAAUCCAAAUAAGUAUCAAGAGUCUUCAGUCAAUAUUCUUUCAAACUUGUUUGUCUUGAACAAAUUAGAGUUUUAGCACUUAACUGUUCAAUGUACUAUAGUAAUUGUAUUUAAUAGUAAGAAAAUAUAUAAGCAAUGAUUUUUUAAAAGGGAGUUCUCAAGAGUUUUGCAUUUCUUUCUGCAGUAUAUAGAGGUUUCAUAUGCAUGAAUAUUUGUGCUGUUUUAUAUUUUUUUCAAUUAAAAAAUGUUUAAAAGUAUCCAGGAUCCCAAAGUUCAUUUGUAAAUAGUGGCUUGGAACUCUACACAAUAGGGAAGCUCCUAAAGGCUCAUUUAAACCAUAAUCUAGUUGAUAGUACCAUGCUGAUCUCUCAGUUUUCUUUAGGAAACCUAUCAAUGUAGGAGGGAGAAAGAAACAGAGGUCUUGUCUUUUUCCUGAUGUGAUUAGAAAGUUAUUUGUUAUGGGUUUCUUUGCAUUUGCCCUCUUACCAUGCUAAACUCUGGUGAAAUGUAUAAAGCAGGCUUGUCUUUUCCCCUCCUGGAUGCUCUGUGCUUCAACAUUUUAUAUUUUUCCUCCCCUCAGAAAUUCAGUGGCUAGACUUUAAGAGAAAAGCAUUUUCUACUAAGGUAUGAAUGAAGAUAGUGAGAAAAGUGUCAUUAAAUUUCUUUUUUUAAAAAGGAUGUUUAUUAAGAAUGAAUCGUUAUUUUCUAACAUUUCAGACAAUAUGACCACAUUUCAGAUACUAUGGAAAGCAGUACUUUCAGUGAAUUAGAUUGUACUGUCUGAGAGUACUUUCCAUUUCCUUUAGGUUGUUGUGACUUUUCACAGCUUCCUCUCCUCUAAUUCUGAACUUGGAGAUUUUCUUCUCAUUUCUAACUUUUAGUGACUUAUUCUAUUCAGUAGAGCAUUACAAAAGUCACAUCUGCAUCUUCCAACUUGUGGUACAGUGAUGGGAAUUUGGAAGCACCCCUGGAGCAAAGAGGCUAGGGAUAGCAUUAACAUCUCCCAAGACAAGUGAUGUAGGGGAAAUAAAGGAAAGACCGUGGCCAGGUAUAUGCCAGGCAUUAAUACACCAGAGGUUGCCUGUAUUUAAUUUAAAACUUUUAAUGAAACUCAAUGGAUAUGUGUCAUCUUUGUCACAUUUUAUCAAUAAUACUUUACUUGCAAUUAUAUUAAAACUUAAAUACCUGUACCUUUAUUGUUCUGUAGAUGUGUAGAUGAUGUUGCUUGUUUGUCAAAAUAUUAUCUUUUAUAAAAGAAAGUCCUGCUUCUUAUCAUGAUGUAUGUGACUUAAAUGAUUGUUUCAUAUUAAAACUAUUUCUUCCUUAUGUACUGUUUACAUAUACCUCUUUUUGGGAUAUUAGUUCAGUACUUUUAUACAAAUCUGAGUGUGUUCCACAUUGGUGACAUGUAUUUUUACAGUAAUUUUUUGUUUUGUUCUUAGAGCAUGUCUAAAGUAACACAUGCACUAGUGCUGUGGUCUGUGGCAAAAUUACUGUAAUUCAAAUUGGAAAAAAAAAUGUUUCCAGACUUUGUCCAACAUUUAUUCCUAUGACAAAGGAAAUUACUAUGUAAUACUAAUUACUUCUUAUGCUGGUAUGUUUUAAGCUACUCUAUGAAGUAUGUGAAACAUCAAUAUUUAUGGAUUAAUAGAUGGCCUGAUGGGAGGGGGUAAAUUAUGGUGUUAUCAGCUCAUAACACUUGUAAUACAAUAAAUCUUAAAAUUUUUAUCUUUGACUUACAAGUAUAAUUUACUAAAUAAUUUUCUUAAAUGGCAGUACAUAUUAGGAUAUUUUUAGCCCAUACUACUAAAAUUAUAUAGUAAACUUUGAACUUAUGCUGAUUAUCUCCCAACCAAAAAAGACAUCAUUUACUUCAUCAUAACCAAAAUAAGUUGUACUGUGAUAUUUAUAUUCAUUUAUUAAGACUUGAUUAAGAUACCAUAAGACUCCUCUAAUUUACCUGGAAUUUUUAACCAUUGGUUCAAAGACUUGAAUGCUGUUUACUUUGUACUAAAUGAUGAAAGGAUUUGGUAAUAAAGGUUAUCAUCAGGAUUUUAAAGAAAAAUGUUUAAUCUUGAAGACAAAUUUUUAAACUUUAUUUUAGAGGUGUUUACUUAAGAAUAGUAAUUUUAAAACGUUAUUAUCUUGUCAUUAACACAAAUACUCAAAAGGAUUUUAAUAAGUAAUACUUGGCCAAUGCAAAUUUGUAUAUUUGAAAUUAUAUGCUUGAAAGAAAAAAAUGAUGCUUGUGAGUGCUUAAACUGCAUAUCUUCUUAAAAAUUCAAAUUUUAGACAUAUCAGUUUAAAUUAUCCUGAAUUAAUAAGGUUUUACUGUAUCAAUGAUGUAUAUUACAAAAUGUCUACCUAUGUUAUGUUAAUGAUAUCUCUGUACUGCACCAUAUUCGGCAUGGUUAUGGUAUAUUUUGUAAUUUUGAUUGUUGACUAUUGAUAGGAUUCAUAUAGCAAUAAAUCUGACUCAAUAUUUUUUAAAAUGCAGAUACCAUACUGUAUCAUAAUCCUAUUAUAUUUGACUUGAAUGCCCAAAAUUUUCAUAGGCCUAUAUGUUAAAAAUUUAGUGUUACAUGUUAGGGAUUUAUUUUUGUCUUCUGUUUUCACAUACAAUUUUUUAGAACUAGGUCUGUCCCAAUUUAGAUCAUAGAAGUUUAAAGAAGUAUUAUUAAUUCAUGAAUUGCAUUGUGGAAAAAUUUAAAUAAAGUAUGAAAUGACUAGAUUACCCCAAAUUGUUUUUUUUUUUUUAAUGUGGUUAAUGACCAGGUUACAAUUUUCAGACAAAUAAAAUUGGCUUGAUAACUGAUUGAAUAUAGUAGAUAAUGGAUAGUUUGACUCUUUAAGGGCUUCCAAGUGUUAAACAAAUACAUUCUCAAUUCUGAAUUAUGUCAUAGUAACUACGUAAAUAAUGGUAAGCCAAUUCUCCUUUUUGAGAUAUUUAACACAAUUUGCCUCAUCUGAUCCCAUUCCCUUCUUCCCUAAAAACCAUGCUAGAAUUUAAAAUUGGAAGUGUUUCAUUUGUCAUCUACAUUUUAGUUUUCUUAUUCUAUAGAUAAGUAAUAAGACAAGUAGAUGUUCUGCUGUCAAGACAGUCCAUGUUAUUGUUGGCCAUUCUUUUCAGGGAUAAUGCUUAAUGUCAUUUGUGCAUUGUAUAAGGAAUGUUGUUUAUCAGUAUAUAGACCUACCAUUAGUAGAAGUGUUGUAUGGCAGGCUUUCUUGAAUAAUAUGUAUUGUAAGUUUGUUUCCUAUAGUGUUAUUAUGCGUCAGAUUCUUUUAAAUAAAGCUAGUUUUUAAAGAGAAAAAGAA